CGACGUAUGUGGUUUUCGGGUUCAAAGGUGAAAGUUUACUGCGCUGCCUCGCUCGGAGUUCGUUAGCCAACAAUGGCAAAACAUCAUCCAGAUUUGAUUUUCUGUAGAAAGCAAGCCGGUGUUGCCAUCGGGAGACUUUGCGAAAAAUGCGAUGGCAAGUGUGUCAUCUGUGAUUCUUACGUGAGGCCAUGCACGCUGGUCCGUAUCUGCGACGAGUGCAACUAUGGCUCCUACCAGGGACGCUGCGUCAUCUGCGGAGGGCCGGGAGUGUCCGACGCCUACUACUGUAAAGAGUGUACCAUCCAGGAGAAAGAUCGAGAUGGCUGUCCGAAGAUUGUGAAUUUGGGAAGCUCGAAAACAGAUCUGUUCUACGAACGGAAGAAGUAUGGCUUCAAGAAGAGGUGAAGACACCGUGGUCUUAUCUUCAUUUUUAGUUUCAUAGUUUCAAGUUUUUUUUUUUUUUUUUUUAAAUAAACGUUUCUGGCAACAAUUUUUUUGUGACCUCGAUUUGUUAAGUGAUUUCAAUAAAAGCUCUUUCAAAUAAC